AGCAAAUGAGCCCAAAAAAACUUGAAGUAGUGUGAAUGAGCGACUCACCGGCUAAAAUCAUGGCAGCUGUGGACAUCUUUCCUUAUCCCCACCACUACACUCAACACACCUGUAUAUAUAUCUAUAUCUAUCUAUCUCUAUAUAUUCCAAAGUGGGCACAAUCCGCCAUUAAUGCCUUUUUAUCUCAACCUUUAUUCACCACCCCUACAAACCCACCUGGCUCAUGUUAGUUAGCCACUUCUUUUAACUCACCAUAACCACCGACCAAACACUUUUUUUUUUUUUAGCAUUAUAUUUUCUUCAAAAAAAGAGUGUGUAGCAAAAAGCAUAUUGUUGAAGUGAUAAAAAGAAGACCUUGUUUCAAGAAGAAUAGUACUACUAGUUCUCAAUGGGAAUUUGUUUGAGUGCUAGAAUCAAAGCUGAAAGCCCUGAUCACACUGGGGUAAGUUCAAAAAAUGUAAGUGAUAAUGGCAAUUCGAGUGGGAGCAAGGCCUCAUCAGUCCAACCAACUCCAAGAACUGAAGGUGAAAUCUUACAAUCAGCCAAAUUGAAGAGUUUUAACUAUUCUGAUCUCCGAAAUGCCACUAGAAAUUUCCGUCCAGACAGCGUGUUGGGAGAAGGUGGGUUUGGGUCGGUUUUUAAAGGGUGGAUCGAUGAGCAGUCGUUUACUGCUGCAAAAGCUGGGACUGGAGUUGUUAUUGCCGUCAAAAGACUUAAUCAAGAAAGCUUUCAAGGUCAUAGGGAGUGGCUUGCAGAGGUGAACUAUUUAGGCCAGUUUUCACACCCGAAUCUUGUGCAUUUGAUUGGAUAUUGUUUGGAAGACGAACACCGGCUUUUGGUUUAUGAGUUCAUGCCACGUGGGAGCUUGGAGAAUCACUUGUUCAGGAGAGGAUCUUACUUCCAACCACUUUCCUGGAGUCUUCGAUUAAAGGUUGCUCUUGGAGCCGCUAGAGGACUUGCUUUUCUUCAUAGUGCCGAAACAAAAGUAAUUUAUAGGGAUUUCAAGACUUCUAAUGUUUUGCUUGAUUCGGAGUAUAAUGCAAAACUCUCUGAUUUCGGCCUAGCCAAGGAUGGACCAACUGGUGAUAAAAGCCAUGUUUCGACUAGGGUCAUGGGGACAUAUGGAUAUGCAGCCCCUGAAUAUUUAGCCACUGGUCAUUUGUCAACCAAAAGCGACGUGUAUAGUUUCGGAGUGGUCCUUCUUGAAAUGUUGUCGGGCCGCAGAGCGGUAGACAAAAACCGACCUUUAGGUGAACACAGUUUAGUUGAAUGGGCCAAACCCUAUCUUCCUCACAAAAGAAAAAUUUUCCGUGUUCUAGAUAACCGUUUGGAGGGCCAGUACACUUUAGACGGAGCCCACACUACAGCUAACAUAGCCUUACGGUGUGUUUCAAUGGACCCACGGUUUAGGCCUACGAUGGAUGAAGUUGUCAAAGAACUAGAACUACUUCAAGAUCCAAAGGGAAUGGCACGGUUAAGAAGACAUUCAGCCAACGAGGCGCAAGGGAGGAGACUAGUGGCUCGAGAAGGCGCUGCUGCUAGCACUGGCCGUUCCACUGGUUAUCCAAGGCCUUCGGCUUCUAUUAUAUAUAGCAAGUGAGUUUAAAUACUGAAAGGAAGAAGAAUAAUGUGGGAUAUAUGUCUAGAUUGGCAAUGAUUUUGGCUGAAUGGUUGUAUAGAUGUAAUGGGUUAAUCUUAUUUGAGAAGAAAGAAGAUUUCUUGAUCUAAUUUGAGUUGAGUUUGUAUUUUA